GUAAAACGCUGUGGUUUCUCUGCACAUGCGCAGAAGUGAAGCGGAAGAUGGCGGCCUCCUUGAGCAGUGCUUGUGUGACUCUGAGGAAGUGUGUCGGGAAUAAAAAGCGGUUGUUUGUGUCAGUAAGGAGGAUUUUCUCCCCUGAAUUUAAUUCACAGACACACAGCAGCUCAGAUCGAGGAGUUUCUUCUGUAAUCGAGAGCACAGAUGAGUUCUGCUUCGUGGAGCGACUGAUUCCACCAACACGAGUCCCAUCUCCACCCAAACACAAUGGCCCCACUCCAUCAGGAUGGGCCCCGCCCUCAGAAACUCCUCCCUCGCUGCCCUACAUGAUCCGACGCUCUCGAAUGCACAAUAUUCCCGUUUACUCAGACAUCAAACACGGAAGCCAGAAGAGCACGGUGGUGCGGAAGGUGGAAGGAGACAUCUGGGCUUUCGAUAAAGAUGCAAAGGAACAUCUGCGGCAGCUGACAGGCAGAGAGCCGCCUACCAAGGUCAAUGAGGUCACCAUGAGCAUCCGCAUUAAAGGCCAGUUCGAUAUGGAGCUGAAGGAGUGGCUGCUGAGGCUGGGCUUCUAAUCAUCACCCACUUCUUAUUCAUCUCACUGUGUGAUUAAUACACAACACUGAUCAGCUGUGUGUGCGUGUGUGUGUUGCGGGGGUCACACCAGAUUUGUUUCCUGAUGUGUACAGCUGUGUGCAAUUAAAGUUACUCUCAAACUUC